GAGGGUUUAAAAGCCAUUUCUUGGAGAUCAUUCCAAAAAUAUAGAGCAAUUUCUUAAGAAGGUAUUGAAAAGAAAAGUAGGUCUGAGUGAGAUCAUCUCCAGAUGUCAUCUGCAGUAUCCAUUUUAGCUAAGCCUUGUACCAUAGGAUCAGUGAUCAACAAUGGCAGACACUCACAUCAAGAGUUCACAAUAACAGCUAGGGUUGUAGCACCAAAGAGACCAUCUUUGCCUGAGUUAUCGAUAAAAGGCAUUCCUCACACUGAUCUACAUGUUCGAGAGAUCGUUCAAAGACAGUUGCGAACACGAAGCAGUGAUCAUGCUGGUUGCAGAAAGCCCGAGUUCCAUCCUGUGUUUCUUGAAGACGCUUAUGAUCGGUGCAGAGAUAUUUGUGCUGAAUAUGCCAAGACUUUCUAUCUAGGAACCAGGCUAAUGACUGAGGAAAGACAGAAAGCAAUAUGGGCCAUAUAUGUUUGGUGCAGGAGAACAGAUGAACUAGUUGAUGGACCUAAUGCAAUGCACAUGAGCGCUGCGGUUCUCGACCGAUGGGAAGAGAGGCUCGAAGAUCUAUUCGAUGGCCGGCCCUUUGACAUGCUUGAUGCUGCCCUUACCGACACAGUUCACAAGUUUCCACUAGACAUUAAGCCUUUCAGGGACAUGAUCGAAGGCAUGAGAAUGGAUACUAGAAAAAACCGUUACGAAAAUUUCCAAGAACUUUACCUAUAUUGCUACUAUGUUGCUGGAACAGUUGGUCUGAUGAGUGUUCCUGUGAUGGGUAUCUCUCCAGAAUCAUCAUCAUCUGCAUCAAGCAUCUAUAAUUCCGCUCUCAAUCUUGGCAUCGGAAAUCAGCUCACGAACAUACUUAGAGAUGUAGGAGAAGAUGCAUUAAGAGGCCGAGUUUAUCUUCCUCAAGACGAACUAUCACAAUUUGGGCUAGGUGAUGAAGAUGUUUACUCAAGAAGGGUGACCGAUAACUGGAGAGAAUUCAUGAAAGGGCAGAUUAGAAGAGCUAGAUUUUACUUCAACCAAGCCGAAGAAGGAGCUUCUAAGCUUGACAAAGAUAGUCGUUGGCCGGUCUGGUCAUCGUUGUUGUUGUACCGCGAGAUCUUGGAUGCUAUUGAGGAGAACGAUUAUGAUAACUUGACGAAGAGAGCUUACAUCGGUAGAACAAAGAAACUUCUCAUGUUACCUUUAUCGUACUCUAGAUCUGUAUCGACCGGUUUUGCUUUCCAUUAGAUUUCGGACUGCAAUAUUCGUGUUGAUAGAAUACAGAUAUUUUCCCGGUUAAAACAGUUCAUGUAUUUCAUAUAUAUCAAGUGUAUAUUUGAUCAUAAGGAUCUUUUGACACAAGAAAUCUUAGUGGGCUACUUUGUGACUA